GCUGGGGCGGACGUCCGCACAGGAGUGGCGCCGGCCUGAGGCUGACUCCAGCAGCUGGCGCGAAGCGCCAUGAGGAUGAGUUCGCAGGCCGUCGCAAAUAUCCCGACGGCCAACGGCGUCCUUUUGACAGAGAGAACGACGAGUGGCACCGAGAUCCGGAGCGAGCCAAGAAGGAUAAGAGUCGGCUGGAGGACUGGACUCUGGCGGUAAAUCUGCUGCUCAGCUGGGAUGACCAAAAGACCAUUUCGGCAGCUGACAUGGAAGAGUUUCUCUCAAAGUUCCUCGAGUACGAUGCCAAAGUCAAGCAUCGGAUCACUCCGCGGCUGACCUCAGAGAUCUUUCUCAGGGGAAUCCUCCGGACGCUGUGGGACAUUGACCGGCUGCUACGCUUCAUGAACCCAGGGGACGAGCUUAAGAUGGUCACGGCCAAGAGCCCUAUGGUUUUGAGCAUCUUGCGGGUGAUGGCCUAUGAGUUCAUGUGGGCCCCAAGCUGCACGCCGCGGGGUGCAAAGGAAGGUGCAAGAGAUCUCAUGGAGAGGGUCAACGUGUCUGUGAAGGCUGACAGAGACUGGAUCACGGACGCAAUGGUUCGGAUGGGAGAAGCUUUCGAGAAGGCGCACAAUGCCUGGGACAGGAAGCAUGCUGCGGCCAAGGAGAAGAAGCGCCGCGAGCGUGCAGAAGCCGCCGCUGCGGCUGCGGGAAACAGCGGGGACUUGGCUGCGGGAGGUGCGAAGUUGAAGCUGGUGGAGAAUGCAAAAGCCGCUAAAGCUGGAGCAGCUGCAAAACGGAAGCGAGGAGCAGAUGGAGCAAAGCGGAAGGGUGCCGAUGCCCAGUUUGGCAAUGCAAGGGCAAUAGCUGUCAAAGAGCAGGCUCUGGCUGGCAAGGCAGAAGCCACGGAGUCCCAGAAGCCAACGCGUGCGGCGGUCGUGAGGCCUGCAGCUGCGCAGGAUGAUGGCGACGAGGAGGAGUUCGAGGGGCUCGGGGAAGAUGGAGCGCCACGGAACUCGGAAGCGACGGCGGACGCCUACGGGGUGGAGCCGGAGGAAGGCGAUGCCCCGGCGGAGAACGAGCUGGAGCCGGACGUGGAGCAAGCUGAGCAAGCGGAAGCUGAAGAUGAAAAUGGAGAGGAGGCGAAGGAGAAAGCUGAAGCGAGCGAGCCCGCCGAAGCGCCAGCGGAGCAGCCGGAGCAGGACGGGCCGGGCAAGAGCGAAGCCGAGAACUCGGGUGCUGGAUCUGAAGGGCUUGGAUGCGAGGAGAUGUCCAUGUGGGCCGAAGAAUGCUGA